CUCUCUUUCUCUCUCUACCUCUUUCUCUGAUUCGUCUAUAUCUCACGCAUUCGAACGAAACUCGCACGCGAGUCGCUUGAUAUUACACAAGUUCGUGCAUUUCAUAAGGUAUACGAAAUAUACGUACACUGCCGUCGCUGGACCGCGCACAACCAAAUAAUCCGAAAGACUGAAAAUUCACGUCACCGCGAGCCGCGCUGUUUUUUAAUUUCAAUUUUUUUUUCCAUUUAAUUUAAAAAAAUUUUCCGUCGAUCGUUCGAUUGCCAGUGUUUUCAAUGUGAGUGAGUGCGUGCAAUGUUACAAAUGCCAAAUUAGGGUCCAUGACACUGAUUGGAGAUACGCCGCGUAGCGGCCACCAUUGAGUCAGCGUCCAGAGCGAGCGAGUAGCAAGAAACACCUGCGGGACAAACUGCGGCGACGACGCAGACGAAAGCGAAGAAGCCGAGACGACGUAUCGAUGCCUCUCCAACGAUGAAUUAAGAGCGCUGGACGAGCACCAGUGGCCGUGCAACGUCGAGAGGCGAGAAGAGAUUAGCGCAGCGCAACAGCGAAGAUGUCGGCGAAGAUUCUACUGGCGUUGCUGGUGUCGAUCGGCCCGCUGGGGGCCUACCAGAUCAACCGUAGCAACGGCGUCGAAGACGGCUCCAAGCUCAUACGCAUCGUCGGCGAUGUCAUUUUCGGCGGAAUUUUCCCCAUGCACGAGCAGGUGUCAGGAAUGAGCGGACACAUACCCUGUGGCGCGGUCAAGGAGGAGAAGGGCGUGCAGAGGCUCGAGGCGAUGCUCUACGCCAUCGACCAGAUAAACAUCGACAAACAGCUGCUGCCCAACACGACCUUGGGUGCUCUUAUACUCGACUCCUGCAGCAGCGACACUUACGCCCUCGACCAGAGCAUGGAGUUCGUCAGGUCGUAUAUGAAUCAGGACAUCACCGAGUACAGGUGCGAGAACGGCAAGUCACCGAUCUACAAACCGCACAAGCCCGUUACCGGCGUCAUCGGCGCCUCCUUUAGCGGCGUCUCCAUUAUGGUCGCCAACAUUUUGAGACUAUUCAAGAUACCGCAGAUAAGUUACGCCUCGACGAGCACCGAGCUGUCGGACAAGAGUCGUUUCGAGUACUUCAGUCGAGUGGUGCCGCCUGACAACUUCCAAGCUCAGGCUAUGGUCGAGGUCAUACACAGGCUCGGUUGGAAGUACGUCUCAACCGUUGCCGUCGAAGGCGACUACGGCGAAAAGGGAAUCGCGAGCUUCGUCGCCCUCUCCGCCGAGUACAACAUCUGCGUGGCGGUCAGUGAAAAAAUCAUGCGCAAUGCCAAGCCCGAGGACUUUGAGAGGAUCGUCGAACACUUAAGCUCAAAACGCAACGCCCGCGGCGUCGUGCUUUUUGUAGAUGAGGAUAAUAUAAGAAAACUACUGCAAGCGACUAUAAAGGCCAACAAAACUGGCCACUUCAUGUGGGUUGGCAGCGACUCGUGGGGUGCCAAGGUGCAUCCGGUUCGCGAGCAGGAGUUCGCCGCCGAGGGUGCCAUCACUAUCCUGCCUUUUCGUAAUUCACUCGAAGGUUUCGACAACUAUUACAAGAGCCUCGUGCCGCGCAUGGGCAGCGAGUGCGAGGGCCAGCACGACCGCCUCAUACCGCACGCCAGUCGACCCGAUAAGUUCGUCAAUUGUCGUAACGUCUGGUUUCGCGAAUUUUGGCAGCAGCAUCACAAGUGUAGCUUCCACCUCGAUCCUAACAUCAAGAGGUGCACCGGCGAAGAGGAGCUCGUCGAUUACAAGCAGGAGGGCCUCGUGCCUUUCGUCGCUGACGCCAUUUACGCAAUGGCACACGGUGUGCACAACGUCAUCGACGACUUCUGCGUGGGAGAGGUGCACCACCUGUGCGCCAACCUCGAGCCAGCGCCGCAGGGCCAGCGAUUGCUUCAGUACAUUCGCAAUCUGACGUUCGUUGGUCGACAAGGCACGGAAAUUAAAUUCAACGCCGAUGGCGACGCCUACGGUUACUACAACAUCUAUCAGUACCAACGGGGUGAGGAUGGACGAUACAAUUACACUCUGAUCGGCCAUUGGAAGGAGAGGUUGGACCUCGAAAUAAACAUGACGCAGUGGGCGACCGGAGCCGGUGAGCAGCACAUACCGAGGAGCAUCUGCAGCGACGACUGUCCCCUCGGUCAAAUACGAAAUUUCCAGGAGCCAUGCUGCUGGAGCUGCGUGGCCUGUCGCGAGGACGCGUACGUGUUCAACGACACUUGCCGCAGAUGCGAGCCUGGAUACGCGCCAGAUGUAACCAAGAGCCGCUGCAUCAAGCUCGACGCGGAGGUCAUAUCUUGGCUCAGUCCCUGGGCCAUUGUGCCGCUCGUCUACUCGUCCAUCGGCAUACUCAGCACCCUGUUCACCGCGGCUGUCUUCAUCUGGUUCAACGGCACUCCGAUAAUAAUGGCCUCGGGUCGUGAGCUCUGCUACGUACUGCUCGUCGGCAUAUUCACUUGCUACGGCAUGAGCUUCGUCAUACUGUCCGAGCCAACGAAAUGGAACUGCACGAUCCUGAGAAUAGGGCUGGGACUCUGCCUGAGCCUCUGCUACAGCGCCAUACUCACCAAGACCAAUCGUAUUUCGAGAAUUUUCAAUCAGGGCAGGAAGAGCAUCAAGCGGCCGUCCUACACCUCGCCAAAAAGUCAAGUCGCCAUUUCAGUAGGCAUUACUUCGGUGCAAUUGGUCGGUGCGAUAAUCUGGCUGAUCAUCGAGCCGCCCGACAUAAGCGAGAUCUAUCCGUACCCACUGACAGCCGUGCUGACCUGUCGCGUGUCGACGUUCGCCCUCAUGAUGUCACUCGUCUACAAUAUGCUGCUCAUUCUCAUGUGCACCCUCUAUGCCUUCAAGACCCGCAAGAUACCAGAGAACUUCAACGAGGCCAAGUACAUCGGCUUCACCAUGUACUCGACCUGCAUCGUCUGGCUGGCCUUCAUACCCAUUUACUUCGGCACGAACAACGAUUACAAGAUUCAAAUAGCCAGUAUGUGCAUGUGCAUCAACAUCUCGGCCACAGUGGCGCUGGGCUGCCUCUUUACGCCUAAAGUCUAUAUCGUCCUGUUCCAACCGUACAAAAACAUCCGAGGAAUGAACAGCGGAGGUCAGUCAACGGCCGGCUACAAGCAGGGCUACAGCAUGAGGUUCUCGGCGGCUCGCAGCCAGACGAUGCAGAGCGUCACCUCUGGCUCGCGGAGCUCGCCGCCGCCGAGCGCCGGACCCACGACCACGGCUGCGACAUCGUCCGGUGCCAGUCAGAGUCUGCCGGCGCCUCCCGUCAGGUCGAAACACGCCACGACCAACGGCGAGCCUCAACAGCGUAAUCAGAAGCCGGUGACACAACUACAGGAUCAGAAGCAGACCCCAUCUCAGACACCGAUCAUCGACAACCAAGCAGUCAGCAGUGAGGAAAUCCAGCGCAGCUAGGUAGCACUAGUGCACCUGCACUCGGAAGCCGCGAAGCAGGCUGAGCAGCAGGUGCCGCUUGACGCGCUCCAGACGACCGAAAACUGCAGCGAAACGACGACGACGUAGCAUCGGUCCAGACCGAGACGACGCAAAAGACGAAGCCCAGCGCCGCCUCGAGACUCCUCCUGAGCAACGCCCGAGCCCAACGCGUCCUUAUCGUCGUCUUCGUCGGAUGCCUCUCGCCCCUGUUGCAACGAAACCAGCGUCUGAAGUGGAAAAAAAGGGAGCGGAAAAAAAGCGCAACUUGUUGCAUUGAGCGUGUCAGACUGGCCAGAAGACGACGAACUUCUUGUCAGUCUGAUUACGUACGGCGGAUCGCCGCGGGCUAUUUGCCUUUUAAUGUAUUGCGCGACUGCUUUUUCGAAGAGAGAGAGAGAAAGAUACGAUGACGACGAUAAUGGCCCCGAGGGCGUUUUUACACAAACACGUCAAAGCACUCGUCGACGACACAUGUCAGUGAGCUUUUUUCAAUGAGCUCCGUCUGAAAAAUGAAACUCGUUACGGCGCUCUCGCUUGACAAGUUAUAGUUAAUGUCGCGCACGGAUAUGUAUUUACGCUGCGCGAGUACUUUUAUCAUCAAAUGCGUCUUCGAGCUUUAUUAAAUGAAGCUUUGCGCGAGUCCGCAUUUAAUAUGCGCUUACUCAAACGGCUUUAAAAGGAUGAACCUAGUAAAUUUUUCUCCUGCUCUUGUGCUGGCUGAAACUUAUUUUGUUAUUUAGACUUGCCACUUUGUUGACUCGCGGCGAUAAAUUAUUAUUAUUAUGAUCACGAUUAUUAAAAUUAUAAUUUUUAUUACUUUUAUAAUUAUCAUUACUACUAUUAUCAUCAUUAUUAUUUUCGAGCUUUGCUAUUGAGAUUUGAAACGAUUUAAUGCAGCUGUAGUGCACAUACAACAUUCUUUUUUUUUGCGAUUACAUCUGUUGUACCGAUAGACUGACUAUUGAUAAAAGAAAAAUACGAGAAAAAAGAAGCUGGCGUCAUUGUCUAAAUUUUCUAAAGAUAAAAUUUUAAUAUUUUCUUUAAUCAGGCUGGCUAUUGUGAUAAAACACUACAAUGAUUCACGCGCGCGUGCUUCAGCAGCUUUUGUAAUUGAAAAAUACAUGCUGUAUGAUUCGAAUCGAACAACAACGGGACUUGGCGUCGAUGCGCGCGAUUAUGUAUUCGUUCGUGCGCGUGCCUGCGAAUCAAUUUGGAAACGAAGCAGACGUCCACGAACAAUGGAACUCGUUGUUGAAAAAUAAACAUUAAAGUACUCUUUACACUCUACGAAUGUAAACACAUAGUUGCGACGGGCGCUAAAUCACCCCCUGUCGAACAUAACACGCGCGCGAGCGGCAGUUCAAAAAGUAUCGUAAAAGAUUUGCACGAAUCAGCAGAAUGGGCCUUUAAGGAGCUUUCGGCUAUACAGCAGGGCAACAACUUUUAAGUGCCGACCUCUCCCUUUUAUGUAUUCGUCCGACAGUCGAUGACUUUAUGCAGCUUUAACUACCUAAAACGAUGUACUCUUCCUAGCGAUUGCGCCCUGUUUUGUUAUCCCUCCCGUUUGCUUACUUUCUCUUUCUUUGCACAAGACGUUUACUCUUUGCAUUAUACUCACCUGUUCAAACUUAAAUUCUCUCGAAUUUCCCAAGUUUUGAAUGCGGUUAAGUCAUCUUAUUUUUUAUGUUUGGAAACCGACGAAGCAAAUAUUUUAUAGGUCAAUCAAUUUGUACAGGGAGUGGCGAGGAGAAGUAUUGUUUUUAUUCGGGAUAGAGCUACUGAACCGAGAAAAGUGUUUUGCUUUCUUUUUUAUCAAUCCAAUUAUUCUUCUGAAACGAAUAUUUUUUUAAAUCUCCAGCGAAUAAUACUUCUGAUUCAGCAAAAGUACUAUUCAUAAUUUUUCUUUCGCAUAUCUGGCGAGGAAGAUGUUCGCGUUAAUCGACAGCGGGUGUAUGGUGCAGAACGUGUAAAAUGCAGCGCACUCGCGCGCACACACAUACAAUCGAUAAAUUUUAACGUAUUGCGAAAAGAAAACGAGAACUUUUUCUCUACGCUUAGCAAUACAUGUAUUUGGUCCAUUUAACUCUUUAUAAAGUCGUUUUUCUCUGCGAUUCAUUUAUCCAGAAGCGUUUAAUGCGGCCAUGUGAGGAGAUGGAAAAAAAAUCUUACGUUGAACGAAAGCCUCUUGCGACAUCUUAUUAUUGUAUAUAAAGAAACUGCGAAAUCAAAAAAACACAGACGACCAAGACAAAUCCUAUAGUAAUAUAAAAACUCGCUCUUGAGCAUCAUGUCCGACAAUCGACCAUUACAAACCAACAUAUAAAUGUAUACUUUGAAUAUUAAAUGAUGAACUGCAUAUUACUGCGAGAGACAAAAUAAAUCGCGCUCUGAAGAAUAGCACACGGUUAUAUGAAGUAGUGUAAGAGAGCCUAAAUAAAAAUGGCAGCUGCCCUGAUUAAAAGUCUUCCACUUACUGAUAUGUAAAUAACAUUAAAAAAAAUACAUAAUAAGCACUCUAUUCUACUGAUAAAUACUUACAGGCCUCAUUGAAUUUUCACUGAGGCAGUAGAGAAAACGCAAAAGUUAUACGAGUCUACAUAAAUUACUUUUGGGUGCCAGGACGCAGAAAACAUUUUGUUCGCGACGCGAAAGAAAAGGAAGCGAAGAAAACUAAGAAAUAAAAAGUUCUUGACACUGCAGCUGCCAUCAACGUGUCGAGGCUUCGUGAUAGCUGCAAACACACGCGUAUAGAUAUAUCUUGAAUCAGCAAGGAACUUAGGAUGCUGCAGGGGAGCUAUAUCAUAUAUAUAUAAGCCGAUUCUCGCGUCUAACAGCAUCAUCGAUGUCCUCAAUAUAUGUGUGUGUGAAAAUAGGCGCUACUGCUCGUAUAUAGCGUGUACAUGUGGAGGCUUCAGACUAUAUAACAUGGAUCAGUAUAAAUGUAAUUUAUAAAAAAAAAUCCAAUAUUUUUGGCGCACGAAAAAAUCACCUGCCCUUGUGCUGAGCUGUGUUUUCUGAACAAAUGAGAAAAUGUGCAACGCGUAUCAUGGAAGAAUGGAACUAGUUAAUUAUAUAGAUUCGGAAAGGAGCACAGCACGCGAUGUGUGAUAAUGAGAUUGUACAUUCGUCUCAUGUCCUGGAAAAAUAAUUAUACUGUCCUAAAAAGAGCCAAAGUUGUCUGAUAUUAUAUUAUAUGUAUUAUAAAAUCUGUUGAAUAGCGGUACAUGUAGGCUGAUGUUGACAAUUCGUCUUAUUAUGUCACCAGCCGCACUUCACCUUCUCGUUUCUUUUAAACAUGAUAUGGUUGACAACGUUUGUUAAUUGUCCCUCUAUUACAAAUAUAUAAGGAUAUAUUUUAUGUCGUGUUAUUCGCUUUGUAUUAAGCCUCUUAUAGAUUUUUGAAUAAGCUUAGAGUUUGAUUUUACUGUGAAAAUUUUGUUUAUGCAAAAUGAAACUGCCCAUUCCACGUGCUAUUGCAGACUACAAUUUUUAUACAGUCGUAUUUAUAGUUUUGACUAAAAAUACAAGAUUUUUACAAAUCACUUGCACCAAUACAAACAAUUUUUGAAUUUUUCAUUAUUUCAAAUCAAAAUAAUAUAAACCAAAGAAUAAAUAAUGCAAUGUUGUAUUGUAUAUAAUUAUCGGCAACAAGAUAUUCUGCGGGCAUAUGUACAUAAAUAUACUAAAUUAUGUAACUUUGACUUACGAUAUAGAAAUAAUGUACAAGUGUUAAAGUAUAUUAGUCGAAAAAAACUUGCAUAGGCACAAAAAAGAAUUGUUAGUUAAGAUAUGGAUUUUCGAACAAUCAACCGAAGAAGUGAACCAACGUUUUAUCUUCUCUCUCGGAUCUCGACUUUUCGUUGGAAAAACAAUUUUGAGACAGCACAACUGGAUCCCGGAGUUUCCCGUUUACAGAGAACGCGAAAGGGAGAAUAAUGUAGGCCUCGUCAUUAAAGUUUAUUUAUUCAGUCGCAUCAAUGCGCGUGCUGCGAAUGCAAAAUAGGGCGAACGCCGCCCCCGUCUGCCUACGCCAGGGUAUUUUGUCAUUUUCCAGCGUGCAUGUGCAAAAACACAAAUUAAUUUCAUACGGCUUUAAAUUUCGGUAGCCGUUUUAAUGACUCGUCUUUGUUAAGUCCGCUUAAUUUAUAAUAUAUUUUGGAAAUUCAACGAAACGUUGUAGUUCUCCAUUACCAAAGAAAUAAACGCUUAUAAACAAAUUUCAUCGUCUAUUUAUAUCGUGCGUCUAAAGUUGUUCGUAGCCUUGGUGUGUUUGCAUACCUGCACGAUCAGAAUAUCAGAAUUGUUAGAGUAGAUGAUAGCGAAACGAUUGAACGAAAAUCAAAAAUAAUACCAAAAAAUGUUAUUAGCUGAUAAAUUGUAAAUAUUUAUGAAUUGUAUUGAAUAGUCUUUACGAAUUAACGCAGAACAAGAAUAUCUGUACAAAUAAUCAUAAAAAAUAUUUCAUACCUUGAAAUCUGUCAUUGACUACUGUAAAUAAUGAACGAUGUCAUGCCUGCAUCCUAAAUUUCAUUAUGUAUAAAAAGCUGCGAAUAUAUCGUAAGCCUAAGGAUAUUAAUACGUAAAAUAAAAAAUACGAAAGACUCUUGGUGAUAUUGUCAAAGUAGUAGUAGAAUAUAUAUUCAUGCGAUAUUCUAAAUAAAGAUCAACAAGCUAACAUAGCCUGAGAGCUUAAUGCUUGAUAUCGAGCAACCGACGCAUAGAAUAUUAUAUAUUAAGCGUUACGAGUGGAUGGAAGUCAUGAUAAAGAUUUUGUGUCGUGCCUGACAUUAGAAAAUUGAAAUAAUCAUAUUGAAUGAUUAAGAUAUGAAUGAUAAAUUGACGCUAUGUUGUUGCAUAGAAAUGCGAUUGCUAUAUAAAGAGCGUUUUGAUGUUUUGGUGCUGUUUAUUCAUUUACAUAGAGUACUCCAUCAAAUUAUGUUCCAUAUAACUUAAUGAGAACUCAAAAGUGAACCAUUCGAACCGAUGCAGAAAUUUAACAAUAUUUCGGUUGAAAAAAUUUUCAAAUCAAAUUUAAUCGGAUGAAUUCUCACAUGUAUGUCAAGUCUUUCCAACGCGUUUCCUAAAACAAAUAACGCAAUGCACGAUAUUACUUGGACGAAUUUUUAGCAGGGUACCUUUUUGUAAAUAAAAAAAAUUUGUACAAAUAGUUAAAGGUACCUUUUUUAAUUUAUUCAAUCAAAUAUAAGAUGUACAGUUUAUCUAUAUAUGCGUCGAGCAAUACUGUUUUUUAUAUAUGUAAAGUGAGCAUAUACAAGAUUUUAUUUUACAUUUACGUAUCGAUUGUAAAUAAUUAAAAAUAAAAAGAGAAUGAUACUUUGAACCAAAAUAUCUUCUGCAAAAAUCUCAAACUAUAAGGAAUGAAACUAUUAAAAUUUUGAAAAAUAUGAAAACGCCGGUAUCGUUGGAACAUUUUUUAAUAAAAAAAUAAUACAGCGAUGCAAUGUGAAUCGUUUCUCGAAAAUUUUAAAUUAAAAUAAAUAUAUGUUACAUAUAGCAAGUAUACGGUUAUUCAUUAAAUGAUCAUUAUAAAUAUAUGAAAUAUGAAACUCGUAUCGCGGAUAAAUCUCCGCGCUAUUUAUUUAUGUCGCACUUGACGCACACACACACGUUCGUUGUAUAAUCGUUAAAAAACUAACAAAAUGAAUCGUACAACUUAUUAUAUAUACAUAGAUACAUGUAUACUUUGCGCAAAAAAUGGUAUGAAGUUAAAUAUGAACAUAAGUAUAUUAUAUACUAUACAGUAUGUCGUUGUUGAUUCAUCGGCUUAUGUAUGAUCGUACUCUUUUAGAGAUUGAAUGUAUAGCAUGUAAAUAUAAAUUAUAGACGAAACGAAAUGUACUACUUAUGUGAAUUUCCAAAAAAAUAUAAUAUUACAUGAUAGCUGUCGUUUAGCAUAGAGACAAAAUAAUCAAAAAUACAUGCUUAUACCAAAAUCGUACAGCGGAUAAUAUUAAUUAAUAACACGAAACCAAAAAAAAGCGCUUGCGAAAAAAAAUGUCCUUUUUUAAUUGGCUGAAUAUAUUACUUUUCUUUCUAAUAUAUGCCAGAAUGUUAUUGGCAUGUUACAUACACUAAUGGUAUAUAAAGCUAUAGCAAGUAACACUAUCGAAAUAAAACAGUAAAAUUGCGAAAAUAAUUAAAAUUUAAAUUUGUCAUUUUUCAUUAAAUACAUUUCAUACUUGUAAAUACAUGAAAUAUUUCGAAUAAUUUUUAAUUUGUUUUGAAAUCAUAAAUUGAAGUUUUCAUAAAUUCAGAUUUCAGUUGUACACCAAUUUUCAAUUUGAUAUUAUAGUUCUGUUAAUUCUCAUUAGUGACACACUAUGUACAUUAUUAUAAAUUGAAAUAGACUAACUAUUUUUGUGACAGUUCUUAGAUUUUUGAAAUGUUUUCCUUUCCAAUAUUUAUCGAAAAUAUACAAUCGUGUGACUGAAUUAUUUUGUUUUGAUU